AGGUGAGCAGUAUAGCCAACACCCAGUCCUGAUCACCAUCCAGAACGUGUCUCCAGAGAGAACGUGUCUUCAGACCGUGCCUUCGUGAGGUUGUGGUCCGAGAAACUCAAUGACUAACGGAUACAUGCAGUUUCGGAACCAACUGAUAGCCAUACCAGGUAUUGGCUCCCAGGAUUAUUAAAUCGACAACGGACCCCCUUUUCCGAGCUCGACUCUCUUCACGAUGCUGUCCAAUCCGCCUCAAGGCGGUCUUCAAGCCCGAAAUCGGCAACACCGACGACAGAAUUCAACACCAACAGGCUUCGAGACGAUGAAGAUCGCAACAAACCUGCCAAAUAUGCAUCAACACCAGCAACAGCAACGAGCGCGAAUGACCCACAGACGGGGCAUGAGCCUCGAUACUCGACGGCAACAACACAACCAACAACGACAACAGAUGCAAUCCCCGGCAACAUCAACACGGCAGGAAUUCUCCACGGUAAGUAACGCUACUAACAAUACAGGAUCAAUCACAUCACAGCAUGUGCUGCGAGAAACGCAGCAGCAACGCAUAGCUCGCCCGGGCCCCCAGCAGGCAUACGCGAACUUGGCAAGCGAUGACGCUUACCUGAUAUCCCCCCACGGGACACCACGGACCCAGGAGUUUGAAGGACAAGGGUUUGGUAGCCUGCCAAACCAACAAGACGUGCAACUUAACCUUGACAUGUAUAAUGAAUCGAUGAAUGCUGCAAUGAUCAAGAAGAAUCAAGACAAUUUCUCCAGCAAUGUAAGCACCUCUCACGAGUUCGAUCAAUACCCUUCUAGCGCCCUGUCCACGCCGACAUUCAUGAGCUUCCAGGACAGCCCAACAGGCGGUCCUGGCUGGAUCUCCGAGGGAGAAAGCUCCGGCCACUCGAGACGGAGUUCCCGUCGGAUUAGCAACACCAUCAUGGACAGGGUUGCCAAGUUUGAGAACAUGGGACUUGAGGUGCAGAGACCGUUAACACCACACCAGACUGCUACAGAUUACUUCCCACUUACCCCUAUGGAUACACCCCAUGACCGAACCAUCAAGCAUACUACCCAACAGCCGCAAAGGUUCUCGGAAGGCUACGAUGAGUCGAUGGAAGAAACUGUGAAGCCCACCAGACCGCCCACCCAUCGACGGUCUCGAACGACCUUUGAUGAGAUGCGGCAGGCAGCUGAAGGCCAAGUUUCCAUGCCUGUGCCGAAUCGGACCAACACCAUGCCUCUGAUGGAGACGUUCAAUCCACCAUCGGACCCAAUGGCCGACUUUUUGAAUAUGGGUCACAUGGGUAACCAUGGCCUCAGGGUUGAUACUACUUUCGACGGGCUUCCCGGCCCCUCACAUCCUCUGAGCACCAGUUCGGAUCUGUCGGAGCACACGACCCCCAUCACACCGCAUAUGAGCGAGUUCAGUAGUUCAUUUGACUAUAAGCCAGAUAUGCGACAUCCCAACCUAGAAUCAUCAGACAUGCUCUCCACCAGCGAAGAAGGAGGGCUCUCUACACAGAAGCCUUCCCGGCGAGAGUCUCCGCACUAUGCCCAGCAUCGACGGAACGAGUCGAUGGCGAGCAUUGCCAGUGCGGCAAGCAUCGCCAGCAUCGACAUUGAGAAGACCAAGACCACGACGGGAAUCACGAUGGAGGACAUCCACCAGUACAUCUCGGGGCCGGAUCCCCGAGACAACAAGUGGACCUGCACGUUCGAGGACUGCAACAAGAAGUUCGGCCGCAAGGAGAACAUCAAGUCGCAUGUGCAGACGCACCUCAAUGACCGGCAGUACAAGUGCCCGACGUGCCACAAGUGCUUCGUCCGGCAGCACGACCUCAAGCGGCACGCCAAGAUCCACACGGGCAUCAAGCCGUACCCGUGCGAGUGCGGCAACAGCUUCGCGCGGCACGACGCGCUGACGCGGCACAAGCAGCGCGGCAUGUGCAUCGGCGCGUUCGACGGCGUCGUGCGCAAGGUGGUGAAGCGCGGGCGGCCGCGGAAGCACCGGCCCGACAUGGACGAGCGCAAGGACAAGGCCACGCGUACUCUGAAGAAGAAUAUGUCGGUCUCGUCCAUCUCGUCGCAGUCGGGGUACUCGGACAGCUCCGCCGCCAACUCGCCCGAGAACGUCGAGGCCGACUUCGGCAUGCUCGACAUCAUGGAUGUGUCGCUGGGCGGCACCACCAUGAACCCCAGCUCCCUCCAGGGCGGCGGUAGUGGCGGUGUGGGUUCGUCGGCGCCGAUGCCGAGUCUCGCGGCCGAAACGCCGAUGAGCAGCAGCAGCAGGCCGUCGCCGUCCGCCACCAGCGUGCACUCGUACGUCUCGCAGCUCUCGCACAUGUCGCUCCAUCACCACCAGCACCAACAACAACAACAACAACAACACCACCAACAUCAGCACCACAGCCAACACCAGGACCUGGCCUCGGACGUGCUGUCCUCGCAGCCCGGGUCACCCGCCAAGAGCGUAGCCAGCCAGUUCAACGAGCUGCCGGAGCUCUCGCGGUCCUCGUCGCCGCCGGUGGCUGGCAUCCCGAGCUUUGCCACCAUGGACAACGAUGACAUCCUGCUGCAGUUCACGAACAGCGACUCGAGCCUGCUGAUGCUCGGCGCCGACAGCAAGUUCGACGAGGCGUUCGACAGCGUCGGCAUGUUCACGCAUAAUGAUGAUCUGUUCUUUGGCAGCAGCUAAGCGGCGCCGAGCAAGGUUGUUGUUACCUAUGCAGUGCCGAUUCUUCAGCAUUUCGAGUUCUUUUUUCUCUCCCCCUGACUUGAGAUGAGUCGCGGCAGGCCAGCCAUUCGUUGUCGUCGUUGUUGUUGUUUUUUUCCCCUUCCCCCUUUAAUAAGGAGUUAGCUGGGCGAGAAGAAAAAAAAAGUUAAUGAAGCUCAUGUGUUUUUGAGUAAUAAUAUACUUGGCCUCGGAUUCCAGACCCUACAAAUUUUAAAAACAAAUAUGAAUUGAAGAGAAGAAAAGAAAACUGUUCCUGGGUUUCGGGG